AUGAAAAGCUUUAAAGAUCAAACCAAUAAAACAAAUGCAAUAAUAAAAGUGAUCCUAAAAAGAAAUUUUUUAGAGCGCUUUCAUAAUCACAAAAUGCUUCUUAGCAGAUUGUAUAAAAUCUUCGAAGCAGAUUAUUUAAAUGCCCUAAGAGUAAAAUUUGAUAAACUUUUCAAUUCAUAAUACAAGUAUUUUAUAUUAAUAAAAUAGCUCCAUCUUUAAUUCACAUUGA